CAGUGAGAGAGAUAGCAAAGCAAGGCCCCCCCGCGAGGGAAGCGUGAGAGAGAGACGCAGCAACUACGGCGUUCUCCGCCUCCUCGUGCAGGAGAGCACGUAUUCUGUCCACCCCACGCGGUCACUGCACCCCAGCGUCACCUUUUCCCGUUGCUCUUCUGCAACAUCCCAUCACUGCAUUGCUUGGUAUUGUAUCACGCUUGCGAGGCGUCACAUUGUAUCGGUCGUACUGAUCCUGGGCUGACGGCGAGGAGAAAAUUCGCGUUUUAGUAUCGAUUGGUGGUUGUUUGUUUGUUUUGACAAUUUUGGUUUUUGAGAGUUGGGUUGGUCGGAAAGAAGGGGUGUUGGUGGUAUCCGCGCGUCAUGGGGUUGAUGGAAACGUUGGUGAAGCAUCCGGACGAGAUUCGGCCGCUGGUGAAGCUGAAGGUCGAUGCAAUGCGGGCGCAGCGGGCCAUCCCCAAGGACCCCUACUUGGCGUUCUGCUACCGUAUGCUCAUGCGCGUCUCCCGCAGCUUUUCUAUUGUUAUUCAGCAGCUGAGGACCGAGCUUCGUGAUGCUGUUUGUGUGUUCUAUUUGGUGUUGAGAGGCCUGGAUACAAUCGAGGACGACAUGGCAAUUCCAAUAGACAUCAAGGUCCCCAUCCUCAAGUCGUUUCACGAGCAUAUUUAUGACCCUUCGUGGAAGUUCGUUUGUGGUGAGAAGGAUUACAAGGAGUUGAUGAACAAAUUCGAAUGUGUGUCGAAUGCCUUCUUGAAUCUUGACGAGGGGUAUCAACGUGUGAUUGCUGAAAUGACAAACCGGAUGGGAGUUGGCAUGGCUAAGUUUAUUGAGACUGAGGUGUGUGCUAUGUUCGGAAUCUGUGAAAAUGAGAUUCCUGCACCUCGAAUGUUCUGGCCACAUGAAAUCUGGGGCAAAUUUGGAACUAGACUGGAGGACUUCAAGCUUGAGGAAAACUCAGAAAAUGCUGUGCGGUGCCUGAAUGCAAUGAUUACAAAUGCUCUAACGCACGCAACAGACUGCCUCAAAUACAUAGAAGCAAAUAAAGAUGAAUCUAAUCUUCGAUUUUGUGCCAUUCCCCAGAUUAUGGCGAUUGGAACCCUUGCAGAGUGCUACAAUAAUAUUAACGUCUUCAGGGGAGUUGUAAAGAUUAGGCGAGGAAUAACCGCCAAGGUUAUGCAGACUAAGACAAUAUCCGACGUGUAUGGAACUUUCUUUGAUUUCUCCAGAAAGAUUGCUGAGAAGAUUGGUGAGAAUGAUGAUUCAGCAUCAGCGACUCGCAAACAUAUCGAAGACAUACAGGAGUACUGUGAAUCUCACUUACUUGAAACGCGCGUAUAUUCCAUAGAUCAAGAAUACGGACUAGACAUCUUAGUGUUUCUUGUGGUUUUCUCGCUCUUGAGCGCCAUGGUCUACAUGCUUUACAAUCACUGGUAGGAAUACCAGGUUUGGGACACUACUGGGUCCAGGGUAGUUCAAACUCAUCUCAAGAAUUUCAUUUGUCGUCCCCACAGGAGUUGUUAUCCAUUUCGUAAUUGUGAGAUACGGUAGGUGCACUCUGCCUGUAGGAGUAUUCCGUUCUCGGUAAAACUCAUUUUGAUGAAUGAUUAUUUAGGAGCAUCUUAUUUUUCACGAUGAGACAGUAUUCAUCAUCUAUCUAAUAUUUGGAUCAUGCAUAAAUACUUUGAUGAAACUAAUGUGGAGUUUGAAAUUUACGUGUAAUUUUAGGAUCAUUAAGUAGUUUUAUUUUCUUUCAGGUACUUUUUUCCCAAUAAUUUUCAAUAAGAAGGCAUUUCGGAUGAUUGUCUUUGAAUAGUUCUUUUCUAUAA